AUGCCACCUAUAGAAUACAUAAAUGAGGAGGGGUAUCGGCUUGAUGGAAGAAAAUGUAACGAGUAUAGAUUAAUAAAAAUAAAUAUGGGGAAUCAGAAUAUAUUUACUGAUGCAGACGGUUUUGCAUUUUAUGAGAUUGGGAAUACAAAGAUAUUGUCAUAUAUUCAAGGUCCAACGGAAUUAAAAAAAUCAGAUGAUAAAUGUUCAAUAAAAUGUGAUGUUUUUUUAUCACCAUUUAAUGUAUAUGAUAAGAGAAAAAAAAAAACAAAAGAUAAUAUAACAAAUGAAAUAAGCGCAUAUAUAAGAAAUAUAUGUGAAAAUAUUAUAUUAUUAGAUUUAUAUAAAAAUUCUGAAAUAAAUAUUUUUUUAUAUAUAAUAGAAAGAGAUGGGGGUAUAAAGCAUGCUGCAAUUAAUACAUGUAUAUUAGCAUUAAUUGAUGCUGGUAUUGCAAUUAAAUAUUUUAUAUCAGCAUGUUCAGUUUUAUAUUUACAAAAUCAAAUAAUAGUAGACGGUAACCAAUUGGAAAUUAAUUCCGGAUCCCCUGAAUUAACAAUGGUUAUUGAAUUAAAUACACACAAAAUCAUUUUAUUAGAAUUUGAUGCUGAAGUUCCAAUUGAUAUUUUCGAAUCCAUGGUUCAAACAUGUGUUGAUAGUUGUAUUAAUAUAGGUGAAGUUAUGAAGCUAACUGUCAAAGAAAAUGCCAUAGGAUUAUUGUGUUUAAAUAAUUUAUUGGCUAAUUAA